UGUGAAGUUAUUCAACUAUUGGGGUGUAUCCGUCCCGAACUAGUUAUCGGUUUAUCGAAGCAAUGUGGCUAAAGAGGCAGCCUCAACUCAACUAAAACCGCAGCUGGGGUCAGCUGUCACGUGUAACCAACUACUUGGCGAUAUGUAUUUGGCAAUUUGUCUCGAUACGGACAGCUCCGUGAAAUCCAAAUUGGUCCAAUUGACGCUGUAGCAGAUGCCAGGUCGCCUCAACUCCUCUAUUUGUAUUUGUUUUAUCAUUUAUCAUUUUGAGUUUUCCCUGAAUUCUUAUCGUGUCCUCUAAGUAAAGAGAAUGAAAUGGAUAUAUGAGACUUAAGUGACUCAAGAUGAGCUCAGGGAAGAAGUCAAAGUCUAGCGCCAGCGCGCCGGGCUCGACCACGAAAAGCUCCCUCAACAAGAACAAUGGUUCUUAUUUGGUUUCCGUUCCAGCUCGGGAUGCGUUAGCUGUCAUCUUUGCUGUCCGCUUCGCCAAUGCGCUUUGUGUCCGCACCUUCUUCCAACCGGACGAAUAUUUUCAGGCCCUCGAACCAGCAUGGAACAUGUUGUACGGAGACAAUAGCGGAGCAUGGAUUACCUGGGAAUGGAAACAUCAACUUCGCUCUUCAAUCCACCCUGCUGUAUUUGCUUUUGGAUAUUGGAUCGUCGAACAGUAUGGAGCGGCAGGAAUGUCUCCCAUUACUAAGGCUAAAUGGCUUAUCGCGGCACCCAAGAUCCUACAGACAGGCUUUGCUGCCUUGAGUGAUUGGUAUUCAUGGAGACUUGCGGAGAAGUUGUACGGCCAAGGAAGUGUUACUGCCUGGUCCGUUCUUCUGAUGACAUUGCUUAACCCCUGGCAAUGGUAUACUUCGACAAGAACGUUCUCUAACUGCUUCGAGACUACGUUGACAGCUAUGGCUUUGUAUUACUUUCCCUGGAGUCUUCUGGGCACCGAGGAUGAUGGGAAUUCCAAAUCCAAGUAUUCGUCAAUCUCACUCUUCGAAACCUGGGGUCAAGUAAACAGUCUCCGGUUGUCUCUAAUACUAGCUGCAUUUGCUGUUCUACUACGUCCAACCAAUGUUCUGAUAUGGUUAGCUAUAGCCACCCUUGCACUGACAAGAGCUACUCUCGGCGGAAAGUCACCACUUACCCAGAGGAACUUACUCAUAGUCUACAGAGAGGUCCUGCUUUGUGGGUCACUCGUUCUCGGGCUGUCUUUGCUGGCUGAUCGUCAGUAUUAUGGAGAGUGGACAUUUCCUCCCCUGACAUUUCUGCACUUCAACGUUGCCCAAGAUCUCGCCAUCUUCUACGGCCAAAAUGACUGGCACUACUAUCUCUCUCAGGGCAUACCGUUGCUAUGCACAACAGUAGCCCCAUUCGUCCUCAAGGGCCUAUUCAAGUCCCUAGACUCGGAGGAGUCGAACUGGCCAGUUACGACUUGUAACACUUUGAAAGCAUUGUCCUUUACGGUAUUCACAACCAUAUGCUCCCUAUCCUUCGUCUCCCACAAGGAAGUCCGCUUCAUCACCCCCCUCCUCCCAGCCUUCCACAUCCUAGCCGCCCCCUACAUCACAUCAUUCUUCACCACCAUCAUCGACGUCGCCUCUUCCCCUACUACCCCAACCUUAGGCUGGAAGCGCACCCCGCUCCUCUGCGCCGGGCUCCUCGUCAACGCCGUCAUCGGCGGGUACCUCUCGUACUUCCACGCCGCGGCGCCCAUCAGCGUUCUCGGCUUCCUACGCACGGAAUUCGAGACGAUCCACCCGACACACCUCGGCAUUCCUCAGCCCGCGAACGCCAACGCCACGUACGACGACGUCGAUCCCGAUUUCGCGCAGGAGCUGUUCGCGCUCUUCCUCACCCCCUGCCACGCCACCCCCUGGCGCUCGCACCUCGUGUACCCCGCGCUGCGCGCGCGCGCGCUGACCUGCGACCCGCCCGUCGACACGCUGCCGGGCUCGCCCGAGCGCGCCUCCUACGAAGACGAGACGCGCCGCUUCUACGCCGACCGCGUCGGUUUCAUGGCCAGGGAGCUGUGGCCCCGCGACCGCCCCGGCGAGGAUAUGGCCCGCUAUAUCGUCGGCUAUGAGAGCCUCGAGCCCGCUCUGCGCGAGUACUUCGAUUGGUCCGGGCCUGGCGGCAGACAUAAGGUCGAGUUAAAGGAGGUCUGGGGCGAGUGGAAUGGCUUGUUUACGGAUGAUGAGAGGAAGGCGGGGCGGUUGGUCGUCUGGGCUACGGGGUUUUAUGAUAAGCCGGCGGUUUAUGAGCCAUAGGAGUGUGUAAGCUUAUGUACUUACAUGGAUAUCUAUCUACCUACCUACCUUGGUAUCUGGAUGAGAGAUAUGGUGGAAUAUUGAAAUGUACAUUGUCGAUAUGAAAAGAGCUUUGUGGUAUAUAAAAACAGUUCCGUACAUGGCAUACCAGCGUAGAACUAUUGUAUGUAAUCACAUCCUAUUUUCAACCCCUUUACUCGCCAUCAUCAAACACCACUCACCACUUAUUCUCCUAUGCAAAUACACGAAAUACCACAUAUCCCCUGCACGCAUCCCCAAAAUCGAGCUAUUCAAACUUCUUACCUAAUACAACGCCUAGAAUGCUACGACGAG